GCAGCACUGCUACGUAUCGUUAAGCAAACAAAACAAAUUUAGCUGCCGCAACAAGUAGAUUUGAUUUGAAACCAGUGAAAAGAAGGUUUAUUAUGUCGCUCUCCCGCCUGAACACUCUGAUGAAACUAACGCCCAAGCCCACGGCCAUCGGAUCCCUUAAGAUGCAGAGAAACCUUUCCGCCCUCCCGGAAUCCGGACCCACCGGCUCUUUCAAGACGCUGGCCGUCAGUUCGCCCAAGCCGUUCGUCUUUCAUGUGGAGCUCCAUCGGCCCAGCAAGUUCAACGCCAUAAGCAAGCAGAUGUGGCUGGAGAUCAAGGAGUGCUUCGACGGACUGGCCACUAAUCCCGACUGCCGGGCUAUCGUUUUGUCCGCCUCCGGAAAGCACUUCACCGCCGGCAUCGACCUCAACGACAUGAUAAACGUGGGCCAAACGCUGGCCGAGACCGAUGACUACGCCCGCAAGGGCGUCUCCAUGGAGCGAAUGAUCAAGGUGUACCAGGACUCAAUCAGCAGCCUGGAGCACUGCCCCAAGCCGGUCAUCACGGCGGUGCACAAGGCGUGCAUCGGCGCCGGCGUGGACCUGAUUACCGCCGCCGACAUUCGCUACUGCACCGAGGACGCCUUUUUCCAGGUCAAGGAGGUGGACAUCGGCAUGGCCGCCGACGUGGGCACCCUGCAGCGUCUGCCCAAGGCAGUGGGCAGUCAGUCCCUCGCCCGCGAGCUGUGCUUCACUGGGCGCAAAUUCGAGGCCGCCGAGGCCCACUCCUCGGGCCUGGUGAGUCGCCUCUUCCCAGACAAGGAUUCCCUGCUGACCGGAGCCCUGGCCGUGGCCGAGCUCAUCGCUAGCAAGAGUCCCGUCGCCGUAAAGACAACCAAGGAGAGCCUCGUGUACUCCCUGGAGCACACCAAUCAAGAGGGCUUGGAUCACAUUCUCCUGCUGAACAAGCUCAACCUGCUGUCGGAGGACUUCGCCCAGGCUGUGGCCGCCCAGUUGACGAAGGACGAUAAGCCAGUGUUCGCCAAGCUGUGAUCGGUAACCUGUAAUAUGUAAUCUGCAAUCUGACAGAAUUUAAAAUGUAUUUGCCAUGUGUGCAUUUAUAAAUACAGCAUCUGCCUUUACUUUAGGACCC